AUGGCCACAUCUCAGAACCUCUCCUUCGUCCUCCAGGGCAUCCACAAGGUUAAGUUCGAAGACCGCCCGGUUCCCGAGCUGAAGAACCCGCACGAUGUCAUCAUCAACGUCAAGUACACCGGUAUCUGCGGCAGUGAUGUGCACUACUGGGAACAUGGCUCGAUUGGUUCAUUUGUCGUCAAGGACCCCAUGGUUCUCGGGCACGAGUCAGCAGGCAUUAUCACCCAAGUCGGAACAGCUGUCAAGACUCUAAAGGUGGGCGACCGGGUUGCCAUGGAGCCCGGCACUUCCUGCCGCCGAUGCGAGCCCUGCAAGGCUGGAAAGUACAACCUGUGCGAGGACAUGCGCUUCGCCGCGACCCCACCCUAUGACGGCACCCUCGCCAAGUACUACACUCUCCCCGAGGACUUCUGCUACAAGCUCCCCGAGCACAUCUCCCUGCAGGAGGGAGCACUGAUGGAACCCCUCGGUGUUGCUGUGCACAUCGUGCGCCAAGCCGGCGUUAGCCCGGGCCAGUCGGUGGUUGUAUUCGGCGCCGGCCCCGUGGGCUUGCUGUGCUGUGCUGUGGCAACUGCGUUCGGUGCCUCCAAGGUCAUCGCCGUGGAUAUCCAGCAGCAACGUCUUGACUUUGCCAAGGACUACGCUACGACGUCGACGUUCAUGCCUAGCAAGGUUGCGGCCACUGAGAACGCCGAGCGCCUGAGACAAGAGAAUGGACUCGGCGCUGGAGCCGAUGUGGCGAUUGACGCUUCGGGCGCCGAGCCCUCUGUGCACACGGGCAUCCAUGUCCUGCGCAACGGAGGCACGUACGUGCAGGGUGGCAUGGGCCGCAGCGAGAUCCAGUUCCCUAUCAUGGCGGCUUGUUCCAAGGAGCUGACCAUCAAGGGUAGCUUCCGGUAUGGUAGCGGAGACUACAAGCUUGCCGUUGGACUGGUUUCAUCCGGUAAGGUCGAUGUCAAGAAGUUGAUUACCGGCACGGUCAAGUUCGACCAAGCUGAGCAAGCCUUUAUUGAGGUCAAGGCUGGCAAGGGCAUUAAGACCUUGAUUGCUGGUAUUGAUGUGUAA